UGUUGUGUUCUUUUCCACAGUUACAACUCCAAUUUCACCAAAUAACUCUAUAUAACAAUACAUAUAGAUAUUGUAAUAUAGAUUGCACAUUUUAUAAUAUAGAGUUCAUCCAUAUUUGUCACCACUAAUCGGUAAAAGUGGUUUCAGACUAUUGUAAAUUAGCCUACUCCAAAACUCAAAAAAAAAAUCUUUACCAGUCCAAGCUGCUAAAAUACAAAACGUCCCCUUAUGGAAAACUGCGAAGUGAACUGAGUAAAAUAGCUAAUUGGUGUUGAUUUGGAUUAGGAUUAAAAAUUAAAUUGUGAAGGAAAAUUUCCUCUAAUUUUUAUGAUAAUUUUCAUAAUGAGGCAACGUAAUUACUCAUUUUAACAACUUGGAAAGUAACCACGUUAACCACGUAACCUCUUCGGCCACACUGUGACAACGUUUCGGCUCAUGUGCCUGAUUUAGAAGCGUCGAAGAAGAGCGCUUCCGUUUUCCUUUCGGCUCCCGCCCCGCUCCGCCAUCAUGAAGUCCUGAACAAAAACGGAUGAGAGUCGAAAAAAAUGGGGAUAACACGAACUGGAGAUGAAAUCCGCCGACAGCAGUAACGUAAUGACAGUACGAAGUGGAGCGCGGAGAGGACCCGUGGAAAUUAAUGAACCAGUCUUCCGUUGAAAACGUCGCAGGCGGCUCCUGGCGUUACGUUAUUUAGUUAGCGGUAUUGCUAACAGCAGCUAGAGCUAGCCUGUGGUUUUCCUCUGGAGACAGCUCUGCUGCUAGCUGGCAGGCGUCAGUCAGCAGCUAGCUGUCACUUUAACUGACUGGCACUUUCCUCAUGUCAAGUCGUGCAGACGUGCUAGCUGUCCGUUUGACUGGGAGCAUCAGGAUGGAGGGGACUUCGAGUAAAAGCAUCGACAGACAGAAUGUGGUUUGUUCGUGUUGAAUAGACACCAGUGCCGAGGAAAGGGGAGUGAGACCAAUAUUUUCCAGCCAGGCCGGUUAGCUAGCUCCAGAGCUAGCUACAGUGGAUCCCAAAAGCCACGGCGCUGGCCAUGCCGUCGAGUGUGCGGGCCGGGAGCCUGAAGGACCCGGAGGUGGCUGAACUGUUCUCCAGGGAGGAUCCCGAGAAGCUCUUCACAGACCUAAGGGAGAUAGGCCAUGGGAGCUUCGGAGCAGUCUACUUCGCCCACGACAUCCGCACCAAUGAGGUGGUGGCCAUCAAGAAGAUGUCCUAUAGUGGCAAGCAGUCCAACGAGAAAUGGCAGGAUAUCAUCAAGGAAGUGAAGUUCCUCCAGAAACUGCGCCACCCCAACACCGUUGAGUACCGUGGCUGCUACCUGAGAGAGCACACAGCAUGGCUGGUGAUGGAGUACUGCUUGGGCUCAGCUUCUGACCUCUUAGAAGUCCACAAGAAACCCCUUCAGGAAGUGGAAAUAGCUGCCAUAACCCAUGGUGCAUUGCAGGGAUUGGUGUAUCUUCACUCUCACAACAUGAUUCACAGGGAUGUGAAGGCAGGAAACAUCUUGCUAACAGAGCCAGGUCAGGUCAAACUGGGAGACUUUGGCUCUGCCUCCAUCGUUGCUCCAGCCAACUCCUUUGUGGGAACACCUUACUGGAUGGCCCCUGAGGUGAUCCUGGCCAUGGACGAGGGUCAGUACGAUGGAAAGGUGGAUGUGUGGUCACUUGGCAUUACCUGCAUAGAGCUGGCGGAAAGGAAGCCUCCUCUGUUCAACAUGAAUGCUAUGAGUGCCUUAUACCACAUCGCCCAGAAUGAGAGCCCUGUGUUGCAGUCUAAUCACUGGUCGGAUUAUUUCCGCAAUUUUGUGGACUCCUGUUUGCAGAAGAUCGCCCAGGACAGACCUACCUCUGAUGUGCUGCUGAAGCACCACUUCCUAUGCAGAGAGCGUCCCAUGACAGUUGUGAUGGAUCUGAUCGCACGCACCAAGGAUGCUGUCCGCGAGCUGGACAACCUUCAGUACCGGAAGAUGAAGAAAAUCCUCUUCCACGAGGCACACAACGGUCCCGCACCAGAGGGAGGUGAUGAAGAAGAGGAUGUGGAGCAGUAUAUGCUGCGCACCGGCACAGUCAACAGCAUGGAGAGCUCCCACUCUCUGCCAUCCAUGUCAAUCAGCGCCAGCUCCCAGAGCAGCUCAGUCAACAGUCUUGCAGAUGGCUCUGAUGACAGCGGGGAGAUGGCCAUGAUGCAGGAGGGAGAGCACACCGUCACCUCCAACAGUUCAGUCCUGCACAAGCCCCUGAGCCAUGACAACAUCUACGAUGAUCCCUAUCAGCCAGAGGUUGACGCACAACGAGAGGUCCCGUCUGCUGGCGGCGGCGGCGGUGGAGGAGGAGGAGGAGGAGGAGGUGGAGGAGGAGGAGGAGGAAGGCGCCGCAGAGGCAGAGACCAUUUUGCCACCAUCAGGACAGCCUCGCUCGUCACUCGUCAGAUCCAGGAACACGAGCAGGGGUCAGCCCUGAGAGAGCAGAUGUCUGGGUACAAGCGAAUGCGGCGGCAGCACCAGAAACAGCUGAUGGGACUGGAGAACAAGCUGAAGUCAGAGAUGGAUGAGCACCAGCUUAGACUGGACAAAGAGCUGGAGAAUCAGAGGAACAGCUUCUCAAUGGAGGGAGAAAAACUUUCCAAGAAGCACCAGGCUAUCCUGGAGAAGGAGGUGAGGAUUGAGUGGUACCCAGGUACCCAAGAGUCUGCUGCAGUUUUUGACAUCCAGUGCCUCACAAAGGCAGUCCUGACUGAGGAGAAGAAGUUCCAGCAGCACAUACUGGCCCAGCAAAAGAAGGAGUUGACCAGUCUGCUGGAGUCCCAGAAGCGGCAGUAUCGACAACGCAAGGAGCAGCUCAAAGAGGAACUGAACGAGAACCAGUCGACACCAAAGCGAGAGAAACAGGAAUGGCUGGUGCAUCAGAAGGAGUGUCUGCAGCAGCUGCAGGCGGAGGAAGAGGCAGGCCUGCUGCGACGGCAGAGGCAGUAUUAUGAGCUCCAGUGUCGCCAGUACAAGAGGAAGAUGGUGCUGGCACGCCACAACCUGGAGCAAGACUUGCUGCGAGAGGAAUUGAACAAGAAGCAGACUCUGAAGGACUUGGAGUGUGCAAUGCUGCUGCGUCACCACGAGUCCACCCAGGAGCUGGAGUUCCGCCAGCUGAGUUUGGUGCAGCGUACGCGGGCCGACCUUAUCCGCACGCAGCACCAGACGGAGCUCACCAACCAGAUGGAGUAUAACAAGAGGCGUGAGCAGGAGCUGCGUCAGAAACACGCCGUGGAGGUCCGCCAACAGCCGAAGAGCCUCAAAGUGAGUGAGAGCACCCAGAGCCAGGGGUCUCCUGAGGAGGGAGAGAGCCACACAACAGAGGGGCCGAGCGGCAGCUCGGACAGUGAGGCCGGGGUGGUAGAAGUGGAGGCGGAGGGUGAGAUAGAAAAGAUGGGGGACGUGGUAGCUAAGGAGUUGUAUGAUGUUGGGGAUGAGCUUGAUGGAGCGGUGGUGGAAUUCAAAGAUGAAGGUUUUACAGGAGCAGAGGAGAUGGAGGGAGCGAGUGUCCCUGAAAGGAAAGAUGAGGCUGAUGAUGAGAAUAGACAAAAGGGAAGUGAUGACAGAGAAGAUGAGGGUGGGAAGGAGGAGUGGAAAAUAGAUGAAGAAGGGGCAGAGGUGAGGGAAGUAGAGGGAGUGCAGUGGGAGUACGAGGAGGACCACAGUAAAACUGCACAUGUAGACACUGAUGAAGAUGAAGAAGAGGGCAGGGGCGUGGCUGACGGCUGUCCCUCAGAGCUCAUCUCAUUCCCAUCCCCAGAAAAGAGACGUCACCGUCAACGAGAGACCGAUGAGCUCUCUGAGUUUUACUUCCCUGACACCCCGGAGGAGCUGGAGGCCACACCCAUCUCCACCCCUCCUCCCCCUCCCCCCACCCAGACUUCUUUCCCCUCACUCUUCUCUCACGCCAUCUGCCUCCUCCUCUCACUCUCUGUGGCUGCCCAGCCCUCCAACCUCACUUUGCUGCUACUCUCCAUCUUCCUCCUCUCCCUGCGUCGUUCCCCGCCUCUUCCCUCGGUGGCCUCAGUUAUUCUCUCUGCUGAGCUCGCCCUAUUGGCGCUCUUCUUCUCAUACCUCUUCCUUCGCUCCUGCUGCUCUCUGUCUCUUUCCACCUACCUGUCGCUCAGCCUCUGGGCCAGCGGCAUCUUUAGUUUAGGACUCUCCUUCAGUUUGGGGAUUUAUUACAUCCCCAUGAUUUUGAUCUCAGCCUCCUUCCUCAGCUCUCCCUCCCUCUUCCUCUCCCUCUACUUGGUGGUGGUGCUGAUUGUCAGGCCGGCCCGUGACUUCCUCCAGCGCGCACCCCGCAAAGUCAACCGCCUCUGCAUGCGAGUCCUUUUCCGCCUCCCCAAACCCCUGUUUGCCAUGUGCCAGUCAGUCCUGGGCGGUAUGGCUGAGCGUAACCUCUAUGAGAUGUUUCCCAAAGCAGGGCGCAACUGGGGCGUGCGCCAGUCCAAAAUCCCGGUCCCCCUGAAGAGCUUGCCUUUAGAGUAUCAGGCUGGCUGCUGUAACGCCUCUCCCUUGGCCAGGGGCCUGCUCUGGGUGAGGCGUUUCAGUAGACGCCCCCUUGGGGUCCUUGCAGACCUAGCUAACUCUGUAGUGCUUAAGCUAGCUAGACAGGCCCUUAAAAAGCUCCCGCUCAGUGUCCGGAUCAAACUCCAAACUCUGGGCCUCUUGAAGAAGCAGGUCCCGAGCAGACUGCCCCGACUGCUGCCCAGGGAGGUGAGGGAGAGGAGACAGAGUGAGAGGAGGAGGAGAGAGAGGGAGAGACAGAGGAGGGAAGAGAGGGAGAGGAUGUUUCGCGAGGACGGCAGGUGGGAGUGUGGGUUAAGACGAACUUCAUCUGGAAGGUUUGUCAGGGGGAAAAUUCGGCCGUGGAGAUAGUAAGAGUGCAAGACAAAUCGAAGGAAAGCGUUGGAACAUGUGCUGCUGGUUGUGUGUGUGUGUGAGUGUAUGUAUGAGCAUGUGUGUGAGCGUGAUCAUGAUUGUGCUCUAUGUUCCAUUGUUCAACCAUUGUUUGUGUGUCUUUUUGAUUUGGGCCCACAUGUCUCUCUUGUUCCAUAAUUCCCAGACUGGUUUUUGGUCACAUUUCUUAAAGAUGAGGUGUAUUUUCCCUGCACACACAUACACACAUCUGUGCAUCUGUGUGCGCUGGCUGAAAGUGAUUUUGGCUGUUGAAGCUCAUCCAAAUAAGCGUACAUUAUGUGUGCACACAAGCCGUACUGUUGAAUCAGUGGGCUCUGCAAAUGUAAACCUGCAGUUGACACCACGGUUACUGUACCAAACCCAUUUCAUUAUUGUGCUUUUUGUAAAAGUUCCUUAAAGUUUCUUUAAUUUUAUUAUUUUGCUCUUAAUUUGUAAGACAAAUGUUUUUAUGGUUAUUUUUAAGACCGUUUUUGUGCAAUGGUUUGUUUUUCUUUAUAGUGGUCUUAUUUCAUAGGGUCUCAUUUGCGCACUGUUAUCUCAGUGCCCAGAACAAAUAUUACAGUGUUGCGUAGCUUCAUGGCUAUAACUCCACUCCCCAAUGCUGAAUACUGUGAAGAAAAAAGAUGCUUAAUAAUUUCACUAACAUCACCCUGAACACUAGCUCUCAGUUAGUAAAUAAGUGCAAUAAACAGCUGAGCAGAAAUAUCCAGGACCACAUGAAGAGAUCCACUAUUAUUUGAAACAUGUUUUCUAUGUUUAGAAGUGGAAGUGGAAGAUGGUUAGCAGAAGGUCUUACUUUAUUGGACUUAAAAUAAUAAAGACUGGGGCCAUUUAGCUGGAAUAUAAAACCCACCCAGUUCAUUGUUCCAUGUUUAGAUAUCAAUAGAUAUUAUUUACAGAUGGUGAAAUCAUUAUAUUUCAGAUUCUAGUUAGAGCAACUGUUUUUAUUGCGCUUUUUGCAAUAAUCUUGUUAUGAUUUACCGUGUAAACAUUUAGAUAUUUUUCCCCUUAAUAAUCAUAUGAAUCUACAGCAGUUGAGAGCCUAGUUACAGCUGUUUACACAAAUGUUAAUAGUCUGCUGUGAAGUGACAUAUCCUGAAUUUAUGGUGGACACAUAAGAAAACAGAUAUACUUGGAGUAGUAAAAGUAUAAUAUAAUAAAAGCCUAUUUAAUAUUUCAAGUAAGUUUAAUUUAUAUGAAGCCAUAGACAAUCUUUUGAGACAUGCAAUCAUAAAAUAAGUCCAAAGAUUGAAGAAACUACUGAAUGUGAAAGAAGAUAUCCAGUUAUGGCAGACCUAUGUUUAAUUUUGCACUGUCUCGAAGACCAUUCAGAAGUUAUACCAAAUGUAGGAGAACAGAUCACAACAGAUCAAUUAUUUUUCAUUUUUAUGUCAAUCAACCAGUCAGUUAAUUGUUUCAGCUCUACAUCAGUCGGACCAAAAUGAAAGUUGACAUGGUGCAGUUUUUAUCUCAUACCUUGUUGCAAAUUUUAGGACUGAAAAUUCUCUGAUGUGCACAUUUGAGUAAAAUGAACCAAAAUUAGUUGGAAAAUUUGCAGUUGUUGUCAUGCAUAGGUCUGUCAAUAUAAAGAUUUAAAAAUUUGCUAGUCUGCAAGGGAAGUCCGGUUAAAAUGCUGAUUAUAUAAAAAAAAGUUCCCUGUCAAUUGAGCCAUUCACAUGGAGGAAUAUUACUGAGUAGGAAACGUCAAUCUUAACUGUACUUUGACCCAGGGGAACAAAAAAGUAGGGCACUUCUUUUUGAGUGACCUCUGUUUGGGAAGUCUAGCUUUAAAAACAUUUUAUAAACAUUGUUUUAUUUGAAUGUAACUUUUUUUUGCCAUUGGUUUUACAUUUGUGUUCCAGUAUCAGUUAUUUCCUGUUCCUCUGUGUAUGUUUACAUGUUUGUAUUCUGUUUUGUUGUGACACCGUCUGAGUGUUUGAGUUUCCACAGAGUUAUAUCACAUUGAGUUUUUUUUUUUUUUUUUUUUUUUUUUUUUUUAUUUAAUUUAUGCAGUAUUUAUAAGACUAGUACUGCAUUCUGUUUGGCAGCCAUUUUGUUGUCCUCUUUAUUCUCAUUUUAGCUGCAUGAGUGUUUGUUGGCAUACUGUAUGGCUGUGUACUCGCAGGCAUAGAAAGAUAUUUUGUCAUACUUCCAGAUUUUUCUUUACACAAAAAAAUAAAUUCUUUUGUGUGUAAAAUCAUUGUCUUGUUUGUUUUUAUGAUUUUUGUUUCCAUUAUUACCAUGUCUUCAUUUGUUUACUUUUCCCCUGAUCUAUCAACAAAGCUUAUUGUAAAGAAAUAUCCUUUUACCAUUUUGUUCAUCAUCAUUCCUCCUGUAUCAUCACUCAGUUUAUCUCUGUUGUCAUCUGUUGCGCCCCUCCCCUUGUGUACAAUUCACCUAAAAAUAACGCCAGCAGGUUCUCAGACUUUGUUUAGAACAAUUUCUAAUCAAUUGUUUCUGUCAAUAUAUAAGGUUGAAAUGAAGGAUGUGAGCUGACAUAUAUAUAUAUAUAUAUAUAUAUAUAAUGUGCAUGGAAGGAUGGAAUAAGAAUUUUAAAUUAUAUCUUUUUCUGGAACAGAUUUUAAGUUAAUUCUUAUGUUUUAGUUAAUUUCUUUUCAAACACUGAAUUUAAA